ACCUGGUCGUUCUAAAGGUGGGGCACUGCUGGUGUUCCGGAUUCUCAGGCCGGUGACAGGAACACUGCCAUUACGUGCUGAACUGGGAUAUAUUAUUAUUAUUAUUAUUAUUAUUGUUAUUAUUAUUCUCACGGUUUUCCGAACUCUCAGUGAACUGAAGGAGUGUUUUUGUGAAUAAAUGACAGAAUAAUUCGAGCCCUCUAUCAACAAGUCAAUAAGUGUUUUAACCUAAUUUGCCGGAUACACGUCUUGUGUCGGACACCAACGAUGAAGCCAACGACGACGAUGAAUACGACAAUGACGAUGAUGGCAACGAUGAUAUUCUGACACUACAAUCCACGAACUUGAGGCACGUCCUUGGUCACGUUUUCCAGCUGCCCACCAAGACAGGCAGUGUGUGUUUACUUUGCUUUCUUUUUGGGGGAGCUCGUACUUCGACCUGGGCGAGGACGGGUCGGAACCCUACCGAAGUGUCUCCACUGUGACUACAAGUACAAGGCCACAAAACAUCUCAUCUGUCCAAAUGGUGUUCAAGGAGAGAAGUAUUUGUUGACUGUUGAGCUGUACAACAUACCUAUCACUACCGUCCAACUGUUGUCCGCGACCCUCUACGCAGGCCAGACAAUCCUUGCUCAGUGUAAACCUUUGUGCAGCAUUGCCAGGGAUGACCUACGAGGUGUCCUCUCCUUUAUUUACGGCACAUUAACAACCGCAGCACAGACCAACUCUGCCUUUCAAACCCGAGUAACGAUCCCGUCGUCUGUGAUUGAGGACGGAAGCUUGAGAGUCAAGUGGAAAGUGGAUGGGGGAAACUCGGUCAUCAAUGGCGACUCCUCUUGUGACGUCAAGUUUGUCUCUUCCCUUGACGACUGCAGCGACAAUCCGUGUCUGAAUGGCGGAUCUUGCCAGCAGGACAGCAACGGCUUCAGUUGUUCCUGUCUGCCGGGCUUCUUUGGCACCAGGUGUACUGCAGGGGAUUAUCAGUUCCAGUGUCAAGCAAAUCAGAUUGACGUCACUUUCCAGAAUCCGAACAAUCCGAAUGGAGACUGUACGACAAAGGUGCUGCCGUGUUUUGUCGCGAGGGGCAGCUCCCAGCCAGCUGAGAUUCAGAACUACACGCAAGUGUUCAGUGACGAAACCUCUAGCCUCUCCGUCUCCGUGUCUGUCUCAGGCUCGGACAUGGUCUUCCAGAUUUGUGUAGCGCAGAGCACCCAAGAAGGAAACUAUAGUAAUAUAUAUGAUGUCCACCCUUACAAAUCAGGAUCGGAAAAUCUUGCAGAUUUUCGGGUCACUUUGGUUGUUCGAGUGAAAUUUGGGGGCACGUUUCCUCCACGGUUCAACGCAGCCUUUUAUCAGGUAAACUUAUCUGAGAACACCUCAAAGGGACGAACCUUGGUGCACGUCAACGUCUCCAGCACACAGACUUGUGACCAGGACUGCAUUCAGAUUGUCGACCCAGAUCCAGAUGAUAGCCGGGUUGGCUAUCUUUCUAUUCGCGUUGAUGUCUCUGGUUCCCAGUCCGAGAUUGCAUUCAGAAACGAGACUGUUCCAGGGGUUUCUCUUGGUUAUUUUUAUGUCGCAGAACGUUUGACUCCGGCACUGCACUACUUCGUAGUUACGGCCGUAGAUGGCGAGUUCCUCUCGUCUACCGCAACAGUUGUUUUCAAUGUCACAGACGAGCCCGACCCUGUGGAGUGUACGAGAGCACGUAUUGACACUGAAAUUCCACCAGAUGUUGCCGGUCAGAUCACAUCUCUUUCUUGCAAAGAUCCAGACAGACCUAACAACACUUCAGCUCUCUCGUUCUCGCUCUCUGGCGAACUUGCAGCAUUUUUCAGUAUAUCUGACUCCGGAGUCAUUUCUGUGGACAGGCCAUUGAACAGUGUUCUUCGACUGAAAUCCCCUACAAUUAUUACUUUGCGUGCGAAAGUUGAAAAACGCACAGAUGAUGGCUCACUACCACUAUAUGUCCCCAUCACGUUCAUUGUAUUUGGGCUUCAAGAACCCUUCAAUUGUACCUUCUCAACAACGACGCCCGAUGGACCGUGGGGACCAGGGACAAACUUUUCAAUAUCAGUGACCUGCAAUUCCAAUUUGCAAACGCAGCAAAUUCGUGUGUUCCCUUCUGCUCGAAUCGACCAGGUCUUUCCAAAGCGAGACUUCCGACAAAUCAACUCUUCGCGCGUUGACGUCGUAUUUUCCAUGGAGCUUUUCAUGGCAUUCAUUUACCAGGUCGCGAUACAAGUAUCCUCACCCAGAGCCGGACUUAACAUCACAAAAUCAAUCUCGAUCCCAGUUUUCAAUGCGCCAGUUUUCCAAAACUCUUCUUCUGUCAUCAGCGUGAGUGAACGUGCUGCUCUUGGAUCAAUAGUGCAUGAGAUAAAAGCGUCCAGUGAAAAUCUAACCAGUGUCUUGGAGUUCAGUGUUAUAGAAGCCGAUGAUGCUUACUAUUCUGCGUUCAUCUUAGAAAAGUAUGGGACAUUGUUCGUACGGAAAGACGACUCAGUGAAUCUUUCUCUUUUCAUUGGCGUCCGGAUUCAGAUGAAAGUGCAGGUCCGAGACCAGACAACGAAUUUGACAGCUACUAAGAAUUUUCUCAUCAACAUUGUGGACGAGACUGAUCCCCCUUCAUGCACUUGGCAGUCCAGAUAUGGCGAUAUCACUUGGAGAGAGACCCUUCUAAUUAAUGUGUCCUCUUAUGUGCCUAUCGGUUCUGUUCUUGGACAACUCAACUGCGUUCAAUCAGAUGCGAAGCAAGCACUGAGCUUUUCUUAUACAACAGCUUCACCAGUGGAACUUCAUGUUUCGAACUCCGGGCAGGUCAUCCUGAAAACUUUUAUCAGAUUUGACAAUAUAAGUGUUCUGUUGUUGGUAUCUGAUGGAGUGAACCAAGUGACGUUCAACUUAAACAUACUUGUUAUUGCCAGCCCCCCACAACCACUGCUCUCUGUGGACACGAUCGGAGACGAAUGGGUCAUUGCCAACUAUAGUUUAGACUUUGACUACGACUGGAUAGAUCUCGCCCAAACCUCUGGGGUACUGAAAUCCCUCAAACUGCAGUGCAAGGUGUCUAAGAAUGCACUCCAACAAGAUGACAUGUUGAACUGGGACGCAGAAUCUGAUGUUGGGCUCCGCUCUUCAAGGGCCGUUGUAGAACUUCUGUCUCCAGGUCAAAACUACACAUGCAAAUUGAUGGCCAGUGGACUGUACGGAAUGACAGUGUCUGAAGCAGUUAAUAUCACAACUCUAGAAAAACCAUCAGUAAUUAUUUCCUCGAACAGGGGGAGUACUGUUUUAGACACAGAUACUGUCCAGUUGACGUGUGUCCUUGACAACCGUCGCUGGGAUCAGCUGGGCUAUAUAUGGAAUGGCGGCGGUCGGUCUGCAGUGGGCAGAAAACGGACGUUGGACCUCCUGUUUCGAGCUGUGAACAGUUCAGUUGUCUACACCUACGAAUGUUUGGUGUCAUACAGCCAGUACUCCGAUAUUACAUCUGCAGUCUAUCGGUUUACAGUGAGGUCUGCGAAGAGCAACACAUAUUUUUAUAAGGCGGGCUUUGUUCUCAAAAUGGAAUCCUUGUCUUGGUACCCUGACCUAGCACUUGAUUCUUCACCGAUUUUUUCAGUCUUGAAAUCAUCUCUUGUUUUGAGGAAGUGGCAGUGUCGUUGCAAAUCUGACCCUGUCUGAGAUCGUGGAUCAGCGCGGACAGACGACAGAUGUAGUCCAGUACCUGCAAGAACAAGUUAGCGCCGGCGCCCUGGCGAGAGCGGGAACAUUUUGUUGUGCUGACACCUUGGAAGGACUCAAGACUCACGUGCAGACCACUCCCCCGUACAAUGGCAGCGUGCCACAGGGAUCUAGAGUAACUUUGCUUUGCCAUUUUGUAGCCUACACUUCGGGAGAUGUGACGGAGGAAGUAGAAUGGCUCUGGGAAGGCAAGACGAUGGACACGGCUAACAUCCCCAAGCUGGAGGCUAGGACAGAGAAGCUCCAUCUGCAAGGCUAUACAUUUGAUCCAACUGUCUUUGCAUACUACUACAAACUGUCCCUGGUUAUUGAUGACUUUCAGCAAAGGCAAACUGGCGGAUAUGCAUGUGGUUUGCACCUAAGAUCAGGCAGAUUGAAUCUAGAAAAAAACCUGACAGUUUCUGUCGAGCGAAGGAAUUACGUGCCUGAGGCAACAGCGCGUCUCAGACCUUACAGUCCUUUCCUGGAAAUUGGGCGGAGCCUGGUGAUGAACUGCACUGCCACUUACGCCCAAUAUCUAGAACUUGUGGAUGAUACAGGAAAAAUUUUGGGUGAUACAUAUGUUCAAACCCAACCGAGCGUUGCCAUAUUUUAUCUGCAAGAGGUCGUGAGGAAUAUGACGGUGGUAUGCAAGGCGAGAAAUAACCUGGAGUUAGAAGUAGAAAGCAACGCAGUUCAAGUGACUGUUUUUACCAACGGGUCAAAAAGAGAUAUGUGCCGGGCAACAACAGAACGAGGAGUUUUCUGGAAUGUUACAUUUGUUGGUCAUUCACUGGUGACUCACUGUGCGAGGGGUUUUCUGGGUCUUGCGUCUCGUUUCUGCAACCCGAAUAAGACAUGGGGGCCGAUCGAUUUUUCCAAUUGCCAACUGGUGGCAUUGGAGACCAUUAGAGAACUGGUCGACAGUCUCUCUGAAGGGACUGAGUCGGAGACAUUGGAAGACAUCGUCACAAGAUUAUGGGAUAUCUCGGAAUAUGAAUAUUUUCCAAAGCAUGCUGGAGAAGUUGUUCAAACAGUAGAUAUCCUAAGUGAUCUCGGAGAAACCUUGAAGUAUCGCAAAGAUCUUGUGCUCAAAACAGAGUAUUUGAAGAAACUUGCUGAUGUCACUGACAAACUGCUGUCCGCGGACGAGGUUGACUGGCCAAGCACUAUGGAGCCAGACAGUGACGAGGAGCAAGCGAUAUCCCAGGCCGCACUGCAGUAUGGCGAGGGGAAACACGUGACGAGCGCCAAACUGCUCGUGGCCAUGGAUGACCUCAGUGACGUCUCCAUGAGAAGGAAUGACCUCACAAAUGGCGUCAUCAUUACCAAGAACAAUUUUGUGAUCCGACAAAAUGUUGCUUUCGAAGACAUCAUAUUUCCCGAUGAGGGAGAAAAUGUCACUUAUGAAGACUGGGUCAGGAACUCAGGGACUGGUGUUUUCUUGUCCAAGGAGGCUUUUGCGCAAACAAAAAAGCAAGUGAAGUUCACAGUGAUUGCGUACAAGGACUUGACUGAACAGUUUCGAAACAACACGUAUCUCAAGGAGAGCCAUCAGGUCAUCAUGAAAUUCUCAGCAUUAUUUCCUACGUUGGAUGUGGCCUCUCCAUUCUUUGUCUUCUCAUCACACUCAUUGUACAUGCAACAUUGUGGAGAUACGUGAAGAGUGACCGGACAAUUCUACACGUCCACUUGAGCAUUUGCCUCAUCCUGGCGUAUGUUGCAUUUUUAGCAGGCGUUGAUCGUACUGAAAAUGAGAUUGCGUGCACAGUGGUGGCGGCGGUACUGCACUUCCUCUUUCUGGCUGUGUUUUUCAUCAUGUUGGCCGAAGGCAUUGAAAUACUGGUGUUUGUAAAGGUUGUGUUUGAGAAAGGUUCUUUGCUGUGGAGACUGCUUCUUGUGGCCUAUGGAAUUCCUGUGGUGAUCGUAGGGGUGUCUUUGGGAGUCACUAAAACAGAUGGAUAUGGAAAUGAAAAUUUCUGUUGGUUGUCAGUGGAUGAUGGAUUACUGUGGGCUUUUGUUGGUCCUGCUCUAGCGGUUCUCUUGACUAAUUUCAUCAUCGCUGGACUUGUUGUGCAUACACUUCUGAACACGGCUACAAUGCUAACCAAGGGGGUGAAAAUGAGAACAAGGUCUGUGGUGAAGGCUUUGUGUAUUCUUUCCCCUCUCUUGGGACUCACGUGGGUUUUUGGUGCCAUGUCUGUGAACGAGGACUUGGUGGUUUUUCAGUACAUAUUUGGCAUCUUGAAUUCCCUGCAGGGCCUCCUGAUUUUCCUUUUCCAUUGCGUGUUCUGCCAUCAAAUCAGAGAUGGUUACAAUGCCGUGAAACGCAAAUACAGGGCUCGCUCAUUUGACUCUGGACAGAAACUGGCUUCAUCUUCCAAUAAAUUUUACUCAGAUUCUGAAUCAGGCUCAGGAUUGGGCAGUAAGGCCAAUUUGAAGAAAGACACUGCAGCAGCCGUCCAUAACAGUGACUACUCACUUUGCAAUCCAGCCUUGGAAUCCGAUGGAAGUACAGGAAGAAGUGCUGCUACUACAAGUGAAUAUGGGAGUUCAGCAGCGUCGGAGAGACCACAAAAUGCUGCCAGUGUAGUUGUUCCCUCUGGGGAGUAUGAUACUCUGGAUAACCUUGACCGCCUCCGUAGAGUGUACGACAAUGUCGGUGCUGUAAACCCUAGGAAUUAUCAAGCAAUGAGCACUAGACUGAGCACAGGCUCUAGCAAUGGAUCAUUAGGCCCUUCAGCAGGAUCUUCCACUGAGAUUGCUUAUCCAAGAGGGAGACUCACAUCCAAUGAGAUGGGUGAGGAGAUGCACUCAACAAAUUGGUGAAGAACUUUCUUACAGGAAAGGAACCACAACUCCCCUCUCAGACAAGUUCAUUCUUUCGUCUUGACUGUCACAGAUUAUCUAAAAAAUGAGAAGUCAGAGCAUGAUCAAAAUCUCAUAAGACGUAAAAAAAAGGUUCAGAUCUGUGGGCAGAUUUAUUUUCAACGAUGUUUUACAAAAAUUGUUUUGUUUAUUUUGUGAAACCAGUGUACAGAAUCCAAACAUAAGCAGAGGUUUAUUCAAGUGUUCAAUUUGUUUGUUUAUCUUUUACUCUUUUAAGUUUUCACCUCUUUCAUUAACCCUUCAAGCCAUUUUAGUGCACUCCCUAACCCCAGUCCCAACCAAUACAGCAGUAUAUCAGAGAAAGAGGUAUGUAUUCUAAAAAGUGGUGUGGUAUCUUUGUAAUGAGGUAUAGAUAAUAACAUACAAUGUUUAAAGGUAAAUGAACAAAUAGUAUGAAAA